AUGACAAGGUUUGCAUUGUUAGCUUUAACAUUAGACAUCUCACACUUUAUCAUGGAUCAGAGACAGCCUCAAGCAGGGGUCUGGAUUUUAGCUGUUUCCGUCACUGUGGCAGUACAGGAAAAAAACCCUCUUGCUCCAUGUCUCCCAGGACCCCAAGGUCCUCCUGGGAACAAUGGAGUUCCUGGUCAUAAUGGGCACAAUGGGCUCAAUGGGGAGAAAGGGGAGAAGGGACUCAGAGGGGAACCAGGUUCCACAGGAACGCGUGGGCCACAGGGCCCUCCAGGAAAACUAGGUCCAAUGGGACCAAAGGGUGAAAGCGGAAAACCAGGUCCCACUGGCCCACAAGGAAGCCCGGGAGAAUGCUCACCGCGUCAGAAAUCUGCCUUUGCCAUGAAACUCGCCAAAAACUAUCCAGCUCCUAAACAGCCCAUUAUAUUUCAUCAAAUUUUAUACAAUGAUCAGCAACAUUUUGAUAAGGCCACAGGAAUUUUCACUUGCCAAAUACCUGGAGUUUAUUACUUUGGCUACAAUGUGGAGUUGUACCGGAACACCACGAUCAUUCAGCUAAUGAAAAACAGCCAGGCAGUGAUAGGAUCAUAUCAGACCACCCUAAACUCUUAUGAAAAUAUGUCAGGGAGUACAGUCCUUAAGCUGGAAAAGGGUGACAAGAUCUGGUUAGAAGUGAACCAGGAGAGUAAUGGAGCGACACACACAAGCUACUUUUUGGGUUACUUGAUAUUUGAAAUUUAAAUUUCUACAGAACUUCUCAAUUAGCCUCACCAUUGUGUCAGAAUUUAAGAGAUGAGGAAAGUAUACCCAGGGGUGAGGUAGGGUGAGGUGGGCAGGAGGUUUUGUCAGGGUCUGAUACCCUAUUAUAGCAGCAUCUGUUAUUAUGGUAGCACUGCCUACUAUUAUGGUUGCCCUACACUUCCCAUUAUAAGACGCAGUUUUCUGUUGUUUAUAACUUUCCCAAACUUUAAAAGUUUGGGCUGAAAAUUUCUAUGCCAGGUGUCUGACUCUUGCUCAGUGUUUUUGGAAAAUGUCAGCCAAAACACUUUAGCUGACUCUGAGAAUGAGUAGAAGGGAAAAUACAUUUUGCCUGUGUUAAAAAAACUCUGGUGCCUUUUUUUUUUUUUUUUUUUUUUUUUUUGAGAAUCUCAAAUGCCUCCAUACUUUGGAGCAAGGUCUUGAUAUUUGGCAAGCGAAUGGUCUUUGUUUCAGGCAUGUUCCUGUUGGCAUCCCUUUGAAAAUCUGCCCAAAUUUAGCCCAUUAUAAGGCUUUGAAAAUUUGCAGUUCACACAUGCUCAGUAGACACUUCCUAGAACUCCACAGCUAAAUUCCCCAAAGAUUCCAUCUGUGACGUUGCACUCCAUAUGCUUUAUAAAAAUAUGUUUAUAAGUGUGAAUAUGAUGUAACUGAAAUAUG